AUGGCAUCUCCAUCUGCAGUCUCAGGUAUUGGCCUGGUGGCAAUCCUGCUCAUGACCCGCUCUCGACCUGGACCACGCCUUGUAUUCCACUACCCAGAGGAACCAACUUCUAGUGUCGACUCGGAUGACAGACACGACAAUGCAGACUUAUCCAGCGAGAGCUCCGAUGACGAGGUCCGCAUCUCUCGAACUCCUGUUCACGCUCGUACCGCCCGCUUUGCAGAUAUCAGCGAGCUAGUGCCCAGCCUGGGGAAGCUGGACCUUCGCUCGGGGAAGCCAACCACGGGAGGCGAGAUUCUGACUGGGAAAGUGCUGGGCCAUACCGUCGGAGAUCUGGAGAAGAUGCUCUCCCCGGGACGAUGGUCAGACGGUAAGAGGUUUGAAAUCUGCAUGGAUGGUUUCACUUUUCUUGGCCAUCCCGUCUACGCGCCUGAGGACGGUAAUUGGACCCCCAAGUCUGAAGUCAAAGACUCCAAACCAACGAGGGACGCUUCUCUUGGAGGAGGAGGAGGGUUCCUCGACGUAGAAAGCUUCCAAGCAAGUGGCAGCCCUUCACCCAAAAUUCCCCAUCACGGCCAAGGAAGGAAGGACUACGACUUCACGCAUAUGCCUGACUCCUUCGAGGACAAAAGUGCAUCUCAACGCUUCGGAGCAUCCAUGGAAAGCUCUUCCACAAAUUCAAAUGCAGCAACCAUUGAAAAAAUGACAAUGUUCCAAGUUGUACUCGUUCUAUCGCCCGAGAAAUCCGGAGAUGCUGAGGCGCUUUACACGGACAUCAUCAAACCACUAAGCAAAGCGCUCCAUCAUUGCCAGAAACAGUCAAAUUACCUCUCCACCGAAAGUCAAAAACUUCUUGCGAUGAAGGCAAAGGCUAAACAGAAACCGCGCUUCACCCGUGAAGACGAGCAGAACCUAUGGAGAUCUAUGCUGGAGGCUAGUGAUCUGGCAUGGUCUCUUGCAGAAAUAUACUCCAAAAUUGCCGCGGGCGAUGUUGCAUCUUGUCGCCUCAACGGUCUAGAUAUGACAUUAUGCACUUCUCCGACAGCAACGCGAGAUGAAGAACUGGACCCAGACUCCGCCUUGCUGCUGCUUGAACCACCUGAAACUCUACUCGCAGAGCUUGCCGGGAAACCCUCUGCAGCCCCGCUGACGCACUUUCUCCAAUCCUACACUCCGACAAAGUCCUUUCUGAAGCUCUCCCAGACGAUGUCCAUGCCUCUACCUUCCCUACUGGCUCUUUCCCGCCAUUUGAUCUUCUACCGCAAAGCUAUCGCCCUGUCAGCACCUCUACAUUGGCGAAAUAUCUAUGUCGUAUCUCCCGACGCUCCAGUGUAUGAGCUGGGAAAGUUCACAGACCAAUAUGCGAAAUUGUUCCCUACACUACCGAGUCUGCCAAAUAUGUUAAAGGUGCUAUCUGGAAGACCGAUUAGAUAUGGAGUUCUAGUCCCGAGCAGAGAUCAUCGAGGAAAGUACUUGGAGAUACUCGAGUGGUUGGUUCGCAAGGGAUUUGUAGUACAAGCGAUGAGGUACGGGUGGAUUCAAGUUCCAAAGUCCAUGCUUGAGAGGAGAGUCAGAGGUGGGAGCGGAAGUGAGAUGGCGGUCUCUGAAGAUGAUGGGCUAAGUGUGAGUUCGGAACGGACGGCGAUUGCGAACGGCGGGAUACCAGCGAACCGGAGGUUGAGCGAGAUCGUUUUGGAGAGGAGGCUAUUGGGGCGGAAGAGGGGCAGUGAUGCUACUGCUCAGGGAAGUGUGUUCUCGGAUGUGGAGGAAGACCUUGGUGGGGAAAGAAAAGUUUUGGUGAAAGACCCAAGUGCAGAAGCCCACCUCUUGGAACAUCUGCAAAGCACGUUUGAGGACCUGGAGAAUCGGGAUGUCUUAGCUGCCAUCUUACCAUUCUUUAAUGGUGAACACGCUUUCGAGGAGAUAGCGAUUGGACUAGGGCUGAAGAGAAGUAGCGUCGAGAGAGUAAUUGAAGGCUUGGAAGCCAAGGGGUGGGUGAAGUCUUUGAAGAGUAUCUGA